GCUCGUCUCAGUCUCAGCACUGGGUCACACGGUACUCUGCCAUUGGCCUAGUCGGCUGCGCCCAGAAAUCACUCCCCAUUUCUUCUUCAUCUUUUGUUUUUUUCGCCCCGUUUAUUUGACUGUUAUUUUUGUCCUGACAAAACCGAAAGAAAAGAUACACCAAUCAGUAAAUAAUCACCGAAAAGAAAAAGCUGGGGCGGUAUUCGGUUGCAUCCCAUCCAAGAAGUUGGAAUUUUGUCCUGUUGCAUUUUGUUUCUGCGAGUGUCUUGGUCAGGAUCGUCUCUUGUGGUGGCCUUCAAUCAAACAGACAUUGGAAAAUGAGUUUCUCGCGGAACGUGAUUUCGGGAGUGCUGACUCGACUCUUCAGAAGAAAGUCAAUGGCUCGUGAAUCUCUCGAGCUCAAUACCAGCCAAUUGGCUAGAGUUCUCACGGUGUGGGAUCUGACGGCCCUGGGGGUCGGCAGUACCCUAGGUAUUGGAAUUUAUGUUCUGGCUGGAACAGUGGCCAAAACACAGGCCGGUCCUGCUGUCAUCCUCUCGUUCUUUAUCGCAGCCGUGGCUUCGCUAUUAGCCGGUUUGUGUUUCGCAGAGUUCGGAGCUCGUGUUCCCAGCUGCGGAUCGGCUUACGUCUAUUGUUACGUCACGCUGGGCGAAGGGCUGGCCUUCUUAAUGGGCUGGAAUCUCAUCUUGGAAUUUGUGCUGAGUACGAGCAGUGUGGCUCGAGGCUACAGUGGAUACGUUGAUCAACUGUUGGGCAACCCCAUGCGAAACUAUUUCCGAGAACAUCUCAGCAUGGGCGUCGAGUUCUUGGCGUCCUAUCCGGAUCUCUUCGCUUUCGGUCUCGUUCUCACUCUGACAGCCAUUUUGACUUUGGGAGUCAAAGAGUCCACUCGUUUCAACAACAUUUUCACUAUGUGCAAUUUGUGUAUUGUCUCGUACGUCAUCAUCUGCGGAUGCUUCAAAGUUGAUUUCCACAAUUGGCAAAUCAGACCGGAAGAGAUCGAAGAUCCCACCGUUCGAGAGAAGGCAGGAUCUGGUGGCUUCUUGCCCUUUGGAUUUAAAGGCAUCAUUGCCGGAGCUGCCACUUGUUUCUUUGGCUUCCAGGGAUUCGAUACCAUUGCCACUGCAAGCGAGGAAGCCCAGAAUCCGAGGAGAACCAUUCCGUUGGCCAUCUGCAUGUGCCUGGGUGUCGUUUUCGUCGCCUAUUCGGCCAUGGCUGCCAUCUUGACGCUCAUCUGGCCUUAUUACCUUCAAGAUAUUGACACUCCGAUCCCUUAUGCUUUUGAACAACUGGGCUGGCCCGUUGCCCGAUGGGUAGUUAGCAUUGGAACGCUUUUCGGUCUAUCUACCAGUUUGGUUGGCGCCUUGUUCCCGUUGCCCCGUAUCGUUUACGCCAUGGCAGAGGAUGGACUUUUGUUUAAAGUGCUCGCACGAAUCAACUUUAAAACUCUGACCCCUACAAUCGCCACCGUUGUUUCUGGAACAGCGGCAGCUUUGUUUGCCUGCCUAUUUAACUUGCAAGAUCUGGUGGACCUGAUGGCGCUGGCCACUCUGUUCGCCUUCGCUUUAGUCGCCGCGUGCAUCAUCGUUUUACGCUAUCAGCCGGAAGAGAACAUCACUACAGCGUCGGAGAGUGGCGAAGUGACUGGACUCUUGGCCGGCGUUGCCCAGAACCAAAUUCGUUACGUGUCCGAUUCGUCAGUUGAAAGCCAGACAGUGUUGAGACAGAUUUUCGUUCAACGUGGACGUCUACCAACCGGAUUCAGUGGCAAAGUUGCUUCCUGGCUCACUGUUGUUUACGUACUGGUUGCAAUCGCACUUAGCCUGAGUCUCUCUUACACGGCGGAUAACCUCGUGCAAAAGGAAACGUGGGCUCUAACUUUAGUUGGAUGUCUGACAACUAUUUUACUGAUAUCACUGGUGGCCAUCCACCGACUGCCGCAAUCACCCAACCAGCUUGCAUUCAAAGUCCCUCUAGUUCCAUUGUUGCCAGCUUUGAGUAUCUUGAUUAAUGCGUAUUUAAUGGUGAAUAUGAGGAUGGUUACCUGGGUUCAAUACUCCAUUUACAUGGCCAUAGGUUUAUCUGUUUACAUUGUUUACGGCUGGCGAAACAGCAAGGAAGAGACACGUAUGCAGGGAAAAUACGACGUCAAUUAUGACGUAAAAUAAACCUAUGUCUCGUCGUACAUCGCUUCCGCAACCCGUGGAUUGUUCCGUGAUAUUUCUGGAUCCCUUUUCAUUUUACUUAUUUGCUCAAAAAAACUAAUCAAAACUCUGAACAUCGCCCCUGGGGGACGGCUGAAUCAUUUCACCGAUUCUUUCUCGCUCCUCCAAAUAUGAGCUCAGCGUCCGGAACGCCUUUGGGAUGCUGGAAACGACCUCGGCGAUCGCGAUUGACGUUGUGAACAGCUGGACGAUUUACCUACAAACAUAAAUAUUUUGUUGUAACUCCAAGUCAAAUGUAUUUCAAUAAAUAAUAUUGAGAACUU